CGACAGGCGGCGGCGGCUGGCGGGAUGAGAGCGCCGAGACCGAGCCGGCAGACGCGGCUGCUCCCGCGGUUCUGCGUCUGUGGAGUCGCUCUGCUCGCAGUCACUUGGUUCUUUCACACAAAUGAUAUCUCAGGCUUUCAUGGACCUGUUGUGGAUCGUGAAAUCUUGUCCAAGAGAGAACUCACCCAGCAAAAAGAGGCCACCAUCCAGAAUGACAGUAUUUCCAGAGCUGCCGUCCAUGAGUUCCCUCAAGACAUCUUCACUCAGGAGCAGAGGAGACAAGGAGCAGUACUCCUCCAUGUUUUCUGUGCUAUCUACAUGUUUUAUGCGUUGGCCAUCGUGUGUGAUGUUUACUUUGUACCAUCAUUGGAAAAAGUAUCAGAGAAUCUUCAGCUCAGUCAGGAUGUAGCCGGAGCAACCUUCAUGGCAGCUGGGAGCUCCGCUCCCGAGCUCUUCACCUCUCUGAUUGGUGUGUUUAUCACAAAAGGAGAUGUGGGUGUUGGAACUAUUGUGGGAUCAGCUGUCUUCAACAUCCUCGUCAUCAUCGGCAUUUGCGGCAUCUUUGCCAAACAGCCCAUCUGCCUGAGCUGGUGGCCUUUGUUUCGUGAUGCACUUUUCUACAUUCUGUCCAUUUUGGUGCUUAUCCUGGUUAUCUAUGAUGAAAAAGUCUUGUGGUGGGAGACCAUCAUCCUGAUCUCUAUGUAUGGACUCUAUAUAAUCAUCAUGAAGUUUAACAGAUCUCUGUGCAACCUGGUAGAGACACACUGCAGCAGGGAAGGUCAGCCGUGUCUGAGCAGCCUACGACGGACAACUGCAGUCGGAAACGCCAUAGACUGCGACAAUGACAUGGUGCCGCUGAAACCAGAUUCAUGCGUAGUGGCUGGUCAGGACUCAGGGGUGGCAAUGGUGGAUGAGCUGAUGAAGCAGCACCCCCAUCAGCUCUCCUUCUCAGAGGCAAGCCUCCGCCUUCUCAUCACCCCGCAUUUCCCUCCCCUCACCCGCUUGCGCAUGGCAGGACGCAUGGUCAUCAACGAGAGGCAGAGGCUGAUUCGAGCUCGAGUCGGCCCAGAGGAGGGGGGAGCCUCAGGGGAGGAUGGUUUGGGGGCUAGCAGGCUGUGGGGGAGGGAGAAUGGGUCAGCGGCUGAGGGGGACAGGCAAACGCUGGAGGGAGAGAGGGACAGGGGUAAAGAGGUGGUGGAAGGGGCCGGUGGAGGAGCACCGCCAAAAGAGGAAGAGGAAGAUGAGGAAGAGCAGGAGGAGGGAGAGGAGGAGAGUGCGCCUUUCAAACCGUUUGUCGUGCCAGAUAGCUGGAGUGUGCGUCUGAAAUGGCUGCUCUCGUGGCCCGUGAGCGUCCUGCUUUACUGCAGCAUCCCCGACUGUAACCUGCCACAGUGGCAGCGCUGGUACCUGAUCACCUUCCUCUCCUCCACACUCUGGAUAGCCCUGUUCUCCUACCUCAUGGUCUGGAUGGUGACCAUAAUCAGCUACACACUUGGAAUCCCUGAUGUCAUCAUGGGCAUCACUUUUCUGGCGGCAGGCACCAGUGUUCCUGACUGCAUGGCCAGCCUCAUUGUCGCCCGACAAGGGAUGGGAGACAUGGCCGUAUCCAACUCCAUUGGCAGUAACAUCUUUGAUGUUCUGCUCGGCUUGGGCUUCCCAUGGGCACUGAGGACUCUCAUAGUCAGCUAUGGAUCCGUGGUGACAAUCAACAGCAAAGGUCUGGUGUACUCUGUGAUUCUGCUGUUGGCCUCGGUCGUGCUUACUGUCCUGUGUGUUCAUGUGAACCACUGGAGGUUGGACCGCAGGUUGGGCCUCAGUCUCUUGCUGCUUUACUGCAUCUUCCUCCUCUGCUCCGUUGGCUUCGAGCAGCUGUAGGAGACACACUCUCACCUCUAACUCUCUUAGUGACCGCUGCGUUAUUAACCAUAUGUAUGGACAGAUGUAUUUUUUUCAUUUCAUGGUGGUUGUACAUGUUUGAGCUGCAUUAAUAUGACGUCAACCGCCUGAAAGCGACAUUGUUUACCUUUGAUAAAUGAGUAAUUUACAUAGUUUUGUACCAAGCACUUACAAGCCCAGAUUUUAUGAAAACCAUGCUCAACUGAUAAUGCACUAUGUGUCACAGUACAUUUAUAUAGUAUUAAAUUUGUAUUCUGAAACCAAGAAUAUUGUAUAAGGAACCCAAAGUGUGUUAGUUUACCUAUUGUUGUUGUUGUUGUUAUUAUCACUCAAUGACUGCCACAAGUAACCUCAAUGACUGGUUGUGUAGAUUUAUGGAGUUGCUUCUCAGUCUGUGACGUUAUUUUAUGUUAAGUUUUCAACCCGCCUUUGUGUAUGCGGCUGUAAAUGGCAUUGCAUGGCUGAUGAUCACGCUCUGGAUUAUUGCACUAAGCCACUGUUGUCUUGACCUUGGUUAUAACAAAGUUACCUGUUUGAUACAAGGUGUUUCUGAAUGUCUGUGUUUGGAGGGAAUCCCUCAGUGUGUGUUUGUUGAGUGACAUUAAAACACUUUGUUUAGUGACAUUUA